AUGGGUUCUAGAACCUAUUCUCCGUCACUCUUUUCUUUUCUUUUCCUCACAUUCCUUUCCCCUCUUGCGACUCUCGCCGCCGACACCGACGCCAACCCGGGCGACGUGAACCCCGUGCCUCCGAUCCAGGAAAUCAAGACCGAGGAUCCCAUCGCCAGCCCGCUCAAGGAGGGCUGCCCCCGAGAAUGCAGCGCUGCCGGCUCUGACCCCGUCAACUGGACGCAGCUCCACAGUCUGGAUGAGCUGUCUGGGUGUGACCAGCCCAUGCUGUUUGCCCUCAAUGUUCAGAACCCUUACAGCGAGUCUGCGACGCUGUACACUUGUGUCACGACCUCUGGAUCUACGCCAACUCGUCGGGAUGAGAUUAGCCGUGUAGAGGCCCGAGCUGCCGAGAGCUCCGUCUCCCUGGCUAGCAACUGCGGUGCUCAGAAGGGUACCGUCAAGACGACUGCUUCUUCUGGUCGAACUGGAACUCUUCGAUCUGGCGAUGCUGCGGCUGCUUCUGACCUUCUUGCUAACUACCUCGACAACGGCGCCUCUUGCGGAACUACUAUCCUCUUUGCCAAGUCUGGUUCUUCUGUUGUUGGAUUGUAUGUCGGUGCUGAGGUGCAGAAGUCGAGCGCUUCCAGCCUUAUCCAGGCCAGCUUCCAGAAGGGCACCCAGGCCUUCCAAGUCUGCGACGCCAACGACAAGCGAGCCGAGACCGUCGGCGUCUUCGCCGUCGACUCUGUCGAAGACCUCGAAGACGCCCAAGCCGCCGUCAAGACUUGGUCCGACGGAAAAUGCGUCUCCGUCUCCCAGGCCACUUCGCAGAGCGUCAACCUCGGCGUCCUGACCGUCGGCCAAGUCAAGACCCGAAGCCUCCAGCUACGAUCCCGUCUCUUUGGCCUCGACCACAUGCUCGCCCCCCGAGCUGACUGCAAGGCCAUCCAGGUCGUUUCCGGCGACAGCUGUGCUUCUCUGGCUACCAAGUGCAAGGUCACCACCGCCAACUUCAACAAGUACAACCCUGCCAAGAACUUUUGCUCUACCCUUGCUCCCAAGCAGUGGGUUUGCUGCAGUGCUGGUACUCUCCCUGACAAGACUCCUCAGCCCAACAAGGACGGAAGCUGCUACACCUACAACAUCAAGUCUGGAGAUUCUUGCUACUCCAUCUCCCAGGCCUUUGGCAUCACCCAGCAGCGCAUCCUCGACAACAACAAGAACACCUGGGGCUUUGCUGGCUGUGACCGUCUUCAGCUUGGACAGCUCAUCUGCCUCAGUGCUGGCAAGAACCCCAUGCCCCUUGCCAUCGCCGGCGCCGUCUGCGGUCCUCAGAAGCCUGGAUCCAAGCUUCCUACCACUGCUAAGACUGGUUGGGAUCUCACUGGCAUGAACCCUUGUCCCCUUAACGCCUGCUGCUCUGGCUACGGCUUCUGCGGUAUCACCGCCGAGUUCUGCACCAACACGACUGCUAAGGGUGGCUCUCCUGGUACCUCCACGCCCAACACCCCCGGCUGCGUUUCUAACUGCGGCACCAAGAUUGUUGGAAACACCAAGAAGCCUGCCAAGUUCCUUAACGUCGGUUACUUCCAGGGCUACAACCUCGGCCGCAAGUGCCUGAACAUGGACGUCGGCAACUUGACUGCUCUCAAGACUCCCUACACUCACAUGCACUUUGCUUUUGCUGGCCUCACCCCCCAGUUCUCCGUUCUCCUCCAGCCUGCUAUUCGGGAGCAGUUCCUCAAGUUCAAGGAAGUCAAGGGUUCCUGGAAGAAGAUUCUUUCUUUCGGAGGAUGGGCUGAUUCCACCGACGCCUCUACCUUCCAGCUGUACCGUGAUGCCAUCAAGCCCGCCAACCGUGAGAAGUUUGCCACCAACGUCAUCAACGUUCUCAACGGCCACAAGCUCGACGGUGUCGACUUUGACUGGGAGUACCCCGGCUCUGCUGGUUCUACCGGUUCAGCUACCGACACUGCCAACUACGUCGAUUUCCUGGCCCUCAUGCGAAAGAAGCUCGGCACCAGCGGCAAGUCCAUGUCUGUUGCCCUUCCUGCCGCCUACUGGUACCUCAAGCCUUUCCCUGUCGCCAAGAUUGCUCCCCUCGUCGAUUACAUGGUCUACAUGACCUAUGAUCUCCACGGUCAAUGGGACUACGGCAACCAAUACGUCAGCCCCGGCUGCCCCAAGGGAAACUGCCUCCGCUCCCACGUCAACAAGACCGAGACCCUCGACGCCCUCGCCAUGAUCACCAAGGCCGGAGUCGACCCCGCCAAGGUCAUCAUUGGAAUCUCCAGCUACGGCCGCAGCUUCAGAAUGACCGAUCCCAAAUGUACCGGCCCUCAGUGCACCUUUACCGGAAGCUUCAGCGUGUCCAACGCCGAGCCCGGCGAGUGCACCAACUCCCCUGGUUACCUCGCCAACGCCGAGAUCCGCAAGAUCAUCUACGACUUCAAGUACAAGAAGGCUGGAGUCACCGCCAACAGCUGGUACGACGCGGCCUCGGACUCCGACAUUUUGACGUUCGGCACCAAAGGAAAGGGCAUAACGGACUGGGUAGCCUACAUGAGCGAGGCUACAAAGGCCAAGCGUACAAGCUGGGCUCAAAGCUUGAACUUUGGAGGUGUCGUCGAAUGGGCUGUUGACCUGGAGGUCUGGUUCUCGCCCAAGCCUUAA